AUGCCCGCAGGCAUUAUUCCAAUAAUGUACAUAGAACUUGCCUUCACAGUGUUACUCUUUGUACUGGGUAUCCUGCUUCUCAUUGGCAUCAAUUAUGUUUGUAUAGAAAUGAUUUAUGUUAUUCCAGAGAGUAUCGUAGUUGCCAUAUAUUGGAUUCUUAACUUUUUCCUUCUGGCAGCCGCCCUGAUCUGCGUCGUAUCGUACUGGCAGGAGUUGUUGGACGAUUUGUACGGGAAGGAGCGGAGGGUGAAGUACUUCCACAAGAUGGCCAACAUCCGGAGCGCCGCCCUCAGUGGCAAUAACACUCCCUACCGCAGUGGAUUCGGAUCCAAGUCAUCCCUCAUGCUAUCACAAGGAUCCAUCAAUCCAGCAUUUCAACAUUUGUUAACAUUGAAAUAUAAAAGUUCAUCACCACGCAUAGUUGUUAAAUUGCUGUCAAAAGCUGCGUUCAACAUUUUGGAAUCUUUAAAAACAGACCUGCUCACUACAUUUGAAAAUUUCUCAUUAACAUCGUGUGACCUCCGUGCUCGAAUGUUCAACCUUCACAACUUUAUGUUCUCAGGCGCUCUACUUAGCGACAACUUUGAAGAAGAUCUGAUUGAAAAUUUUAACAUUCGGCAAAAGUUUUCUUUGCAGUGA